UCUGGUCUAUGGCCAGCUUCUGGAUUAGGCCAAGAUGUGAUCAUUGGUGUUCUUGACUCUGGCAUCUGGCCUGAAUCUGCGAGUUUUCGAGAUGAUGGUAUGCCUGAAGUCCCCAAAAGGUGGAAAGGAAUUUGCAAGCCCGGCACACAGUUUAACACUUCAUUGUGCAACAGAAAACUUAUUGGGGCUAAUUACUUCAAUAAGGGAAUUUUGGCUAAUGAUCCCACUGUGAACAUUUCCAUGAAUUCUGCAAGGGAUACUGAUGGUCAUGGCACACACGUUGCUUCCAUUGCUGCUGGAAAUUUCGCCAAAGGUGUUUCCCAUUUUGGAUAUGCACCAGGAACAGCAAGAGGAGUGGCACCACGAGCUAGGCUAGCUGUGUACAAGUUUAGCUUUAAUGAAGGAACCUUUACUUCAGAUUUAAUUGCUGCUAUGGACCAAGCUGUGGCGGACGGUGUUGAUAUGAUAUCUAUUUCUUUUGGGUUCCGUUUCAUUCCUUUGUAUGAGGAUUCUAUAUCCAUUGCUUCUUUUGGAGCUAUGAUGAAGGGAGUGCUAGUUUCAGCUUCAGCUGGAAAUCGAGGUCCGGGGAUUGGAAGUUUAAACAACGGAUCUCCAUGGAUCUUGUGUGUGGCAUCAGGCCACACUGAUCGGACAUUUGCAGGCACUUUGACUUUAGGAAAUGGCUUAAAAUUCAGGGGUUGGAGCUUGUUUCCUGCAAGAGCCAUUGUUAAGGAUUCAACAGUGAUUUACAACAAGACUCUAGCUGAUUGCAAUUCAGAAGAAUUAUUAUCGCAACUAUCUGAUCCGGAACGUACCAUCAUUAUAUGUGAAGAUAAUGGGGAUUUCUCUGAUCAAAUGCGUAUUGUCACUCGAGCAAGACUUAAAGCAGGCAUCUUUAUUUCUGAGGAUCCAGGAGUAUUCAGGUCUGCUACAUUUCCCAACCCUGGAGUUGUAAUUAACAAGAAGGAAGGCAAACAAGUCAUCAAUUAUGUAAAAAAUACUGUCGAUCCCACCGCCAGCAUCACGUUCCAAGAGACGUAUCUGGAUGCAAAGCCAGCACCAGUUGUUGCUGCAUCCUCAGCACGAGGCCCCUCCAGAAGCUACUUGGGAAUUGCAAAGCCAGAUAUAUUGGCACCAGGGGUACUAAUUCUUGCAGCAUAUCCACCAAACGUAUUUGCCACGAGUAUUGGGGCGAACAUAGAAUUGUCCACUGAUUACAUUCUUGAAUCAGGCACAUCUAUGGCUGCACCACAUGCUGCUGGAAUUGCAGCAAUGCUAAAAGGCGCGCAUCCUGAAUGGAGUCCUUCAGCUAUUCGCUCUGCCAUGAUGACCACAGCAGAUCCUUUGGACAACACUCGAAAACCUAUUAAAGACUCGGACAUUAACAAGGCCGCCACGCCCCUAGACAUGGGAGCAGGACACGUUGAUCCCAACAGAGCGCUUGAUCCUGGCCUAGUAUACGAUGCUACUACACAAGAUUACGUAAAUCUUCUAUGCUCUCUGAAUUUCACAGAAGAGCAAUUCAAGACAAUUGCAAGAUCAUCAGACAACCACAACUGCUCAAAUCCAUCAGCCGAUCUCAAUUACCCGUCGUUCAUUGCAUUGUACCCCCUCGAGGGACCCUUCACAUUGUUGGAACAGAAAUUCAGGAGGACAGUUACAAAUGUUGGUCAAGGUGCAGCUACUUAUAAUGCUAAGCUAAAAGCUCCAAAGAACAGUACAGUUUCAGUAUCACCACAAACUUUGGUAUUCAAGAAGAAAAAUGAGAAACAAAGUUAUACUUUGACAAUUCGUUAUUUAGGUGAUGAGGGUCAGAGUAGAAACGUUGGGUCCAUCACUUGGGUUGAAGAGAAUGGAAACCAUUCCGUUAGGAGUCCUAUAGUGACAUCUCCCAUUAUUGAGAUCUGGUCAUAAGUUGUGCCUUUAUGAAAUAUUUUGACUUGGGAUGCAUAGGAGAAAUCAUGUACUAUACUGUAUGAAUUGUCUGUGCCUAUCCCAAAUUAAUAAUGAUGAUAAAUUUGCUAGCAAAUUGCAGCAAUUAUCUUAGUUUAGAACA